GAAGGGACAGCUCCGGUGCUGAUGUUGGAGCCGGUUAGCGAGCCCCAAGAGUGCAGUGUGGAGCGUGAAGCGCGCGGGCUGUGCACGCUUGAUCGGGCUCCCGGGCCAGCACUGUCUUAGCCAGGGAGAGAGGACACUUUGCGAACAAUGAGACACGAAGCUCCCAUGCAGAUGGCCUCUGCCCAAGAUGCCAGGUACGGCCAGAAAGACUCCUCUGAUCAGAACUUUGACUACAUGUUCAAAUUGCUCAUCAUUGGCAAUAGCAGUGUGGGGAAAACAUCUUUUCUGUUCCGUUACGCGGAUGACUCCUUUACAUCUGCAUUCGUCAGCACGGUUGGGAUUGAUUUCAAAGUCAAAACUGUAUUCAAAAAUGAAAAGAGAAUCAAGCUUCAGAUUUGGGAUACAGCAGGCCAGGAAAGAUACAGGACUAUCACCACAGCCUAUUAUCGUGGAGCCAUGGGCUUUAUUUUAAUGUAUGACAUCACAAAUGAAGAAUCCUUCAAUGCAGUACAGGAUUGGUCAACUCAAAUCAAAACAUACUCAUGGGAUAAUGCCCAGGUUAUCCUGGUUGGGAACAAAUGUGACAUGGAAGAUGAGCGAGUCAUCUCAACUGAGAGGGGCCAACAUUUAGGAGAACAGCUUGGUUUUGAGUUUUUUGAAACAAGUGCCAAGGAUAACGUUAAUGUGAAGCAGACAUUUGAGCGUCUCGUGGAUAUCAUCUGCGACAAAAUGUCCGAGAGUUUGGAGACAGAUCCAGCCAUCACUGCCGCAAAGCAGAACACGAGGCUCAGGGAAACCCCUCCUCCACCGCAGCCCAACUGUGGCUGUUAGUGUCCCAGUACAGGCAGCUCCAGAGGGGUUGGUUGCUAAAAAUAGCAUUUAUAAAUGGUCAAUUAGCCUUCAUUUAUACUGCCUAAUAAUUAUUUGAGGGAAAUCUUUGAUGUCUGUGGCUCGAACAUGCAUUCAAUUCCGGGGAGAUUUCCGGUGUUAAUAAGUGGCAAAUAUGUGAUCUUAACUUUGUAAGGACUAUCCAUCUAUAAACAUCUGAUGUUUGCAUGUGA